CUGCCACUGUUUCCCGUCCAAUUUGCCGACUUCUCGCAGCCAAUCGGUUUCCAGCUCGUGCCCGAGUGAAACCAAUGAGGGCGCGGCUUCCGUCCGGCAGCGCGACGUGACGUCGAGAUAAAACCUUAACCGAGGCGGGCAGAAAAGUUUCAAGAAGAGUAGGGGAGUAACAGGGAAGGGGCGAGAGCAGCGGAAUCAGCAGGAGCGGCAGUCCCCAAACUAGAGCAGCAGGAGCGAGGAUGAGCGACGCCGAGGCGCCGAGCGCUCCACCACCAGCCCCGGUGGGAGACGAGCCUCAGCCGGAGAGGAAGGUUAUAGCCACGGCAGUUCAAGGCACAGUGAAAUGGUUCAAUGUCCGUAACGGCUAUGGCUUCAUUAACAGAAAUGACACUAAAGAAGACGUCUUUGUUCAUCAGACUGCCAUCAAGAAGAACAAUCCUAGAAAGUUUCUCCGAAGUGUUGGAGACGGGGAAGUCGUAGAGUUUGAUGUAAUUGAAGCAACUAAGGGCUCGGAAGCGGCCAACGUUACGGGUCCGGGUGGUAUUCCGGUUAAAGGCAGCCGCUAUGCUCCCAACAAACGGCGUUUCCGUCGGCGGUUCAUCCCCCGCAACCCUCGUCCUGCAGACCAGAGUACACCAGCCGAUGGCCAAGCUCCUGCACCAGAGGGGGAGCAAAUGGAGGAGAUGAGGCCUCCACCCCGGAGACGUAGGCCACGCAGGCCGCGGCUUAGUACCCAAAAUGGGGAGGUUGUAGAGGAAAAAGAUGGAGUUGCUGAAGGUGAUCAGACACAGCAGAUGCCACAAAGGCGCAGAUUCUACCGUCCCUACCGCAGACCCUUCCGCCCUCGCCCACCUGCAGAUCAGUCUGCAGCUGACCAGAAACCUGUGGCUUCAGAGGAAGGCAAGGAACAGCAGGCAGAGGUAAAACAGGUGGAGUCUCCUGAGAGUGUCCAGACCAACGGCGAGACGCCAACAGAAGGCCAGAAACCACGCCGGCCGUCCAGACGGCGCAGGCAGAGGAACUCUGAAUCCUCAACAUCAAAAAAUGAGACGGAGAAGUCUGGCUCGGAGCCUGGGUCCCCCCCUCAGAGCACAAAUCCAACAGGGGACAAAUCUACACCCAGAUCGUCAAAGUUGUCUCCGAAAACCUCUCCUAAAACGCCAAAAUCUCCUGAGGCGGAGGUCGCCCCAGAGGUUGAAGCCCAAACAGAGUGAUUGCACCCAGGCUUGUCUCAGACCCUCAGCCCCCAGGGGGAAGAUGGGACCUGAUGCCAAAGAACGCUGAGUGACUCUGGAUUCGGACAGUUCGAGAUUGUGCUGCUCGUGCAUCACGGGACAAACGGGUGGUCUCUUGACGGACGUGGACUGGUUUAAAGUCGAAUGCUGGCAUUAAAGGGAUAAAAGCAAUUUUUAUGGAGUCUUUAAGGACAUUUUUUAAGUUUAGUCUUUAGUUGAAACACAAAGCAUUUUUUUUUUUCUUUUUCUCAAACCAGGAUUAAAGACCAGCCUAAUCCUCGUUCAGGAUUAGAGGCAUAUGACGUUUGGUUCUUCACCGUUUGAAAUCCCUGUGCCUCCUUUGCGUUUUUCUUGUAGGUCCUGAAUUUGAGAACUGGACCUCUUUCACAACAUGCACUGCUCUCCCCUCCCCUCACACUCUCCCUCUCUCUCAACUUGUUUAUAGCAACUGGUUGGCGAGGAGUCAGCAGGUUAGAAGGUGAUGCCGAUGGGUGUGUGAUUAAAAAGUUAAAAACCUCUAAGCCGGGGGGAAGGGGGGGAAAGGACAACCUGCUUGGUGGCUCUGUCAUUCCAACCCCUCUUAGAAGAACAUUUUCUUUAACUCACCAGAUAAGGGUAGAUCAGGUAUUCAGAGGAACCAGCCUUGUUUUUUAUUUGGCUUUUUAAUUUGAUUUGAGGGGAAACCCAAGCAGGUGUGCAGCUGGUGGUUUGCAUUGGGAGUCGGUUUAGUUCUGGUACCACCUGAAUCGGUUGAAGCGUUGUGCUCCUUUCAUCUCUGGCUUUGGAUGGACUGAUGGGGGAGGGGGGAGAAAAAAAAACUUUAUUUCUCGAGUUUUAGGUUUCCUUUUUGUUGGAGGGGAUUAUGUGCAAUGUCGGUGCUUGGAAUGCCAAUAAAACAUGUUUGCAAA